CACAAGAACAACUAACUUUUUUCAAGACUCUAUAGCCACUGUUUUCUUUCAUAUAUUGCUUUGCAUCGGAAAUCAGAAUUGCUUUCUCUUAGGCGCCAUUGAAAAUGUCUGUCUUCCCUCAACACAAGUACCCAUUAAGGUCUUUGAACCAUGUCCACUCGUGCCCCCGCCGCUGCCCUCUCGUCCUGCGUGUAAUAUGUUCAGCUACCACCAAGCCUAGGCUCAACCAGAGCCAACUGGUUGUUGAACCACGGAUUGAGAUGUCUCCUGAUCAGUUGGUUUCACCAGCUUCCCCUCCCUUGCUCAAUGACCCAAGUUUGCAGUCAACAUGGUCUCACCGGGUAUGGUUGGCAAGUGGGUGCGCCACGGUGAUGUUUUCCCUAGCUAAAGCAAUAGUGGGCGCAGCCAGUUCACAUGUGUGGCUUGAACCUGUGUUGGCAGGGUAUGUUGGCUAUGUCCUAGCUGAUCUUGGCUCUGGUGUUUACCACUGGGGCAUUGACAAUUAUGGGGAUGCUUCAACUCCAGUUUUUGGUGCUCAGAUUGAAGCAUUUGAGGGGCACCAUAAGUGGCCCUGGACAAUCACUAGGCGCCAGUUUGCCAACAAUCUACAUGCCCUGGCUCGUGCCAUAACUUUUUCAGUGCUCCCUAUAGACCUUCUCUGCAAUGAUCCUAUUGUUCAUGGGUUUGUUGCCUUGUGCUCGGGUUGCAUCAUGUUCAGCCAGCAGUUUCACGCUUGGGCUCAUGGCACCAAGAGCAAGCUUCCUCCCCUUGUGGUGGCUCUGCAGGAUGUCGGGGUGCUUGUCUCACGGUCACAACAUUCUGCCCACCACCGGCCACCUUAUAACAAUAACUACUGUAUAGUCAGUGGAGUUUGGAAUCAGUUCUUGGAUAAACACAAGGUUUUUGAGGCGCUAGAGAUGGUUCUGUUUUUCAGGCUGGGCGUUAGACCCCGAUCUUGGAGUGAGCCCAGCAUUGAAUGGAUUGACGACACUGAAACUGCAUCUCAGGUUGCAGUGCAAUGAUUGUUUCCACCCUUGCUAAAUUCUUCUUUUCUUUCCCAAUUACGGGGAACUAUUUAAAAGUACAAACAUAUUCCAAUGAUUUGUCUAUCUAGUGUAAUGCUCAGACAAAUGAAUUGCUUUCUUUAGC